AUCCCUCAGUUUGGAAUUUUGAAUCAUCCACCGUUCCGAUCCACGAGCCAUCGUGUAUGCUUCCUCUCAAUCGUUGCAGCUGUGGUGUAAAGCUGCAGGAUGUGAAAGCCUUUCUAAUCGGAAUGUUUUUGGUGUUUAUGGUAGAAAUUAUAAUUGACACCGCUCGAUACUCUUCCGAUUGCUCCAUUAAUGGUCGUGAUAAUCUGAAACCUCAGCCUUCUUACUUUGGAACUGUUGAUUUGAGCUAUGCCAAGAAUCUGGCUAGCACCAUUCAUAUUUAUUGCUUUAUAUUAACCGAACCGUCUCAGUUCAAGUCACAGUACCAUGUCCAAAAUACCUGGGUCAGAAGAUGUACUCGAUACGGUUUUGUGACACAUGGCAACGACAAACUACUGCGAAUACUUGACGCAAAACACAGUGAUCGUAAAUACAAGCGCAGAUCGUGGAACACCAUGCGCACCACACUACGUGCACUUUAUGAACAAAAGGACGAACAAUCGUUUUAUCUCAAGGCGGAUUUUGACACUUACAUUGUGAUGGAAAACGUCAGAUAUAUGUUGAAACAGGAGGAUCCAAAUAAACCGUUUAUAUUGGGCCACGUUCAUAACCCUGGUCCACACGGCGACAAACUUUCAGGCAGUGCUGGCUAUGUUAUAUCCAGAAAAGCGUUGGAGCUGAUCGUUUCCAAAGGGCUAGGACAGAAAACCGAAUGCGGUGAAGUGGACCGGAAUGAAGACGAGCAAAUCAGCAUAUGUGCUGAAUCUGUGGGUGUAGAGGUUCGAGAUAGUUUCGACUUUCUUGGCAAGUCGCGCUUUAGCAAUGUAUCCAUUGGUGAACUACUGGGCCCCUACGCGAAUAACACGCCCCGUUGGUAUCCCGAGGAAUCGGAUUACACUCUACCAAAGUAUGAUUUGCACAAGCUACCAGCCAGCCCUCUAUUGGUCAGCUUCGCGGGGAUCGAUGGAACAAUGAUGUACGUCCUGGAGUAUCUACUCUAUCAUCUCCGUCCUACUGGUAUUACUCACAAAUGGCUGUACCAAAACACCAACUAGAUUACACCUGGCACUUUCAGUGACAGAGCAGGAAUUUUCAGUUUGGCCGUCAUUCCAUAUCAUUCUCAUCCGUGCUGUGAAAAUUCUAGAAAGAGACCGGAUUUGUGUUCCAGUUUGACUUUCAACGGCUCUUAUCUAGGAUUGUAGUUUAUUUGCGUGCAUUGUCACUCUUCUAUUGCACCACUGGUGGUACACUAUUGCAUAUCGAUCCAGGCUUUGUAUGCCAUGCGUUCUUGGCCUGUACCUGCUUAUGCGUGUCGCUCUUUGCUCAUUUUUGUGCGUCCUUUUCGCAUACACAGGUAUAGCGAACCAUCGUAUCUUCCGAUGUCAUUGCGCUUUCCAUUCACUUUCGUUCUUACAUCUACAGCAAGCUUUGUAUUGGAUUCUACAUACGCAGUGAUUUGACGUUUCAUGCGGCGUCCAUCUGUUGACCCUGUGACGGUAAAUGGAUCAGUAGGGUGAUGUCAAACCGCAUUCGCGAUUUUGCACCUGUAUUACGUUGAAAAUAUCGGGCGCCUCCGUUACAGUAUUCAAAACUAUUGGUAU